AUGGCUAUUAUAAAUGCACCAAAUAAUGGCCUUGAAGAUAAUGCACAAUAAGAAUAUUCAAAUAAAUUAUUUGUUUGGGGUUGUUCUGAUGAUUGGUAACUAGGAAUAGAAACUGGUCCUAAAAAUUAUUAAAUAAGUGACCCAGUUUAAAUAACUCCAGAUUAUUGGUAAGGAAAAUUGGAGAAAAUAUAUGCAUAAUCAAAUUAUUCAAUGUCUAUAGAUACAAAAGGAAAUGUAUUUUCAUGGGGAAGUGGAGAAUUUGGUAGAUUAGGAUAUGAAAAAGAUGUAAAAUACUAAAAAUAUCCAAAAAUAAUUGAAACUUUUUCAAUUUAAAAUAUUAUUGUUACCAAAAUAGCUUUAGGUACUCAUCAUUCGGCCGCAUGUACUAAUUAAGGUAAAUUAUAUACAUGGGGUCAGGGUGUUAAUGGUUAAUUGGGUCAUGGAAGUAACUAAAAUGAAGAAAUUCCUAAAAAAGUGAAAGAGUUUUAGGAUAUUAGAGUAUUAGAAAUCGCUUGCGGAGAUAGCCAUACUAUGGCAAUAAUAAGUGGAAAUUUAGUUUAUGGUUGGGGUUUUAAUUAGGCUGGAUAAUUGGGCUUUUAAGAUUUAAGUAGAGUUAACUUGCCUAAAAAAAUAAUGUUUUUUAAUUAAAAAGAAGUCGUAUAAAUUUAAUGUGGUAAAAAGCAUUCAAUUGCACUUACUGUUGAAGGUUAAGUUUACUCAUGGGGAAGUAAUGAAUAUGGUUAGUUAGGAAUAUAAUUAGGAAAAUAAUCUGGUAAAAUGACUUGCCCCGAAUAAUAAAUUAA